AUGGCGGGAACCGUGCUCGAAAACGAUGCCAUCUUCGCCAAGAACCUCACUAAGAACGUCCCCUCCAAUCCGUCGGACGACACCGACUCAAAGAUGACAAAGAAGAAGAAAAAGAGCGGCGCUUUUGGAAUCUUCCGAGCCGCCCUCCUCAUGAUGCGCAAGCAAAGUGGGCCCCGCAAACCGGCCCUGAAAAACAAAGAUCUCGUCAAGCAGGAUAAGGAUAAUGUUACCCUGCCAACGAACAACAACAACAACAGCAACAACAACAGUUGGACACAGUUGGUGGGAUCCGUGAGGCCUCUUCAUCUCCAAGAGGCAACACAGAUGCCUCCUCAGAAAGAGGAGAAGAAUGACGAGGCAGUUGAGGUGGAAUCCGUGGCAGGGUCGUCAUCCAGCAGGGCGAUGAGUCAGUACGCAUCAGCAUCAAGCCUAGUUGACCUUGACGAGAGCAGUGAUGAUGACGAGGACGAGGAUCCGGAUGAGGUGUUCGAUGCGCUCACGGGGGAUGAGAUGAUAGAUGCCAAGGCCGAGGAGUUCAUAGCCCAAUUCUAUAAACAAAUUCAACUCCAGAAGACAACACCCAGAGCCCACCACCACCACCACCACCACCACCACCACCACCAUCGCCACCACAGCAUGGUUCGGUUUAAUAAAGAUUCGAGAUGGAGGCCACAAGGGACUGGUGCUCGGGCUUAUGGAGUUUGUGAGAGCGAAUCGGGAGAGAAUGGCGCGAAACCGAUUUGUUUCCUUUGCGGAGAACUUCUUAACGCAACCAAAGCUGCUUCCUGGAAAGGUGCUGGAGCAGAAUCUAUGCAAUGCAAGGGGGUGCAAUUGCCCAUCCGACUCUCCAUCCUAUAA